AAUCAAAAAUAGAACUAAUAGAUAAUAAACAUGUUAAUAUUUAUUUUAGAACAAAAUAAUUACUGUAAAAUAUUUUUUGAAUUCACCAUUGUUACCACCAAAUUCGAAUGUGUUUCAAUUGUCCGUUGAUCUGCCCUCUAUAGUCGUUAGAUAUGAUAUUGCAUUCAUAUACUGUCUUCAGAUUACUUCAAGUUUAUUCGUGAUAGGGAAGAUCAGUAAUGUUUGAAUAAUUUUAAAACAUUAAUUUUCAAUAACUGCACUCAAUAUGAACUGAUAAAUGUUAUUAUGAUAUUGAUAAUCACUAAAUUGGCAAAUAUAGAUCAAUAAUUUUAUUAAACCGCAUCUUAUCAUGUCUGCCGAGCAUCACAGUGGAAAAGGUUAUACACCUCUUCCUCAGUGUAUGAGCAAUACUGACACCGAAGAUGAAGAUGAACAUGUAACACAAAGAAAUGAUUUAACAAACAAACAAACUAACGAUGAGAGAGAAACAACGGAGCCUACCACAGUUCACGAACAUGAAGCGUACUAUCCACUGGAUGAAACUAGAAAUUUAGCAAAUCGAACUAGGAAUGGGCAAAACAUAAUUAAAUGUUACAGAGAUGAUAUACCUAAAAUGAUAAUAGAAGGCAAUACGCAAAAUGAUCUAUGGAAACGCAGAGAUAUGUCUCCUCUUCGACGUUUCUGCUUAGUUAUAUCUAUACUAUUAUGCAUAGUAACAAUACUUGUGUUUUUGUAUGUUUUACCAUGUGACACUAUGAUAUGUCCACCAAUUAAUGAAUCACAAUCAUCUGUUUCAUGGGAGAAAACUUUAUGGAAUGUAGAAGUACAUGGGCCAAUAACUAUAAUACCUGGAUCUCCAUAUGAUCUUAUAUUCUUACUUCGAGGUCAAGAAUAUAAUGAUAGCAAUACAGAUAAUAGUUCCAAAACAUCAAGGGGAAGUUCUAUAGUAUCUAUACAUGGAACCAGUGGCCUUUAUUUAUGGUUGGUUUGUUUAGAAAGAGUACCUACUAAUAUUGAUUGCAUAUCCAUUGACACUGACCGAUCUGGAAAGACAGAUUGCAUUGUUGUUGGAGAACGUGGUUUAUUAAAGAGUAUAGAUCCAACCACAGGCAUAAUACACUGGAAUUCUGAAGUACAUACAUUUCCUAAAUUACCAGUGAUUUUACCAGAUCUCAACUCUGAUGGAAUUGAAGAUCUAUUAAGUGUAGAAUUAACUCAAGGAAAUAUAUCUUCUCUCGUACUUUUAUCUGGUAAUACAGGACAACUCCUGGGAAAAUAUAUAAAACAUAAUUGUUCAUUAGUUAAUAUAUAUAAUCUUGUUUCUGAUGGCACUAUUUUAUAUUUAUGUCACGACAUGAAUGGCAAACGUAUAACAAAGUACGUUUCGUUAAAAGCACUUCUCAAUGGUUCAAGUUUAUCGCAAAGAAAAAGGGAAAUAACAGCAUCGCCACGUAUAUUUAAAACGAUGAUGUUAGAUGAACAAAAUAAUUAUUGGAAGCCUACACGUUAUCAUCGUUUGAUGGUUGAAAAUGAAGGCAUAUGUUCUUGGGAAUCUUGUAAAGCUACUUUGAAUUUAACUCUUCAAAAACAACCAAAUCAAACAUUGAAAAUUUGGGAAUAUGUCAGCCCUAAUUCGUUUGCCUCAAAACCAGUCUUUUUAAUAACAUCACAAGAACCAUAUAGCACUGGAUUUGUAAUAAAAUUCUGGCAAUGGCUCGAUACAAAUCCUUCGGUAACAGAUACGAUACCUAAAAUCAUUGAACGAAAACUAAUCGAAAGAGUAUUAAUCGUUUUCGUUAAUUAUACCGAUGUACAAGUUAUUAACGCUAGUCAAACUGAUGUUACUCAAUUAUGUAAUGGUACUAACUGUCAACCAAAUUUAGAUUUACGAGUGAAAUUUAAUUCCAUUGCAGCAGCAAAUAUUAAUCAAGAGGGAUAUCCAGAAUUGGUAAGUUAUUGGUCUUCAUAUAAUAACGAAUCGCCUAGAAUGCUCACGUCCAAAAUUGAAAUUGUUAAAAUAGACUUAAUAAUAUCUAAUUUACCACGUCCUAAUGUGCAGUUUUUUAAAAUACUCCUUAACUAUGCAAAUUCUAUGCAUUCUACAAGCGUAGGUAAGCGAUAGAUUCUUUAUUAGCAUAUUUUGGCACACAUCAUAUAUAGUUAUUUAAAAUAUGUUGCAAAUCAAUUGAUUUUAUGCUGUGAACGUAAUUCGUAUUUUCAAAAUAACGAACAUAGAAUGAUUGUGAAAUUUAUUUAUUUUUUAUUUAUUUUUUUCUAUCAAAAAAAUAUUAAACGAAUAAAAAGAAAUGAUAUUUUUCAAUUGAAUUUUAUUUUCAAUUACGAAUUUAAUUACAAAAUAAAAGCCAGCUUAUCGAAUAAUCAUUUUACUAGAAAAAAUAAUAAUAAUGGUGCCUUGAAAUGAGUUAUUGACAUUACACGUUGUAUCUUACAACUGUAUUAUGCUUCAGUGCGCCGAUAUUGGUAUAAAAAAGCAAUAUCAUUGUAUGUUAUAGAUUUUCAAAAUAUUAUCAUCGAAUAUUACGCUUAUGUAUUACAUAAAAUUUUAAGGUUAUUGUACGAAAAAAGAAAAAAAAGAAAAAAAUCAUACCAUCGAACGUAGACAUGAAAUGCUCCUGAAUUGUUACUUGUCACAUAUUGUCACAAAGUAAAUUCAUUUUUCAACUUAUUCUCACUUAUUAUUACGUCUAUUAAUCUUCUACGCGCAUAUAUGAUAAUCUACAUAGAAGGAAACAUCUGUUUUUCAAAAUAUUAUACUCAUUUCCACAAUAUAACAAUGCUAGCAACGAAAUAUUGUAUGUAUGUACAUCGACAAAUAAUAACGUCGUAAAUAUAUUGUUUUUCAAUGGGCUA